CCGCGCGACCUUGACUCAACCAGCCACAACAUGAAGCAGAGGUUCUCUUCCUUGGAUGUCAAGGUCAUUGCUCACGAGCUAUCCAAGACUCUCACACGACUACGAGUCACAAACAUCUACGAUCUUUCUUCGCGUAUUUUCCUGAUCAAGUUCCAUGAACCAGACCACCGCGAACAGCUCAUAAUUGAAUCCGGCUUCCGAUGCCACCUCACCAACUAUGCGCGCACUACCGCAACGACACCGUCCGGCUUUGUCGCCCGCCUACGAAAAUGCCUGAGGACGAGAAGAGUGACCUCGGUAUCUCAAGUCGGCACCGACCGCAUAAUAGAGUUCCAGUUUUCCGAGGGGUUAUAUAGGCUAUACUUGGAGUUCUAUGCUGGAGGCAACAUAAUUCUUACCGAUGCCGAUUUGAAAGUGCUGGCCUUGUUGCGGAAUGUUGAUGCAUUUGGCGCAGAGGAAGAGAAGUUACGGGUAGGGAUGCAGUAUAACCUGACUCGACGACAGAACUACGGAGGUGUGCCAGAUCUGACCAAGGAGAGGCUUCGGGAUGCGCUUCAACAGGCGAUCGAGAGGCAGCAGGAUGCUGCGUCAUCGGGGAAGAAAUCCAAGAAGGCCAACAAAGAUGCUCUGAGGAAGGCGCUCGCUGUGUCAAUAACAGAAUGCCCACCGCUGCUUGUUGACCACGCGAUGCAUAUUGCGAACUUUGACUCCAAUCUAAAACCUGUUGAAGUGCUGGGAAAUGAAGAGCUCAUGGAAGAUCUGCUGGGCGCCUUAAGAAAUGCACGACAACUGGCUGAGCGCAUAACGGAAUCCGAGCCAAUCAAAGGCUAUAUACUCGCGAAGCCAAACCCGGCUGCGUCCAAAGACGACACCCAAUCCUCCAGCAGGGCUGGCCUUCUGUACGAUGAUUUCCAUCCUUUUCGCCCUCAACAGUUCGAGAACAGUGAUUACUCCUUUCUCGAAUUCGAUGGCUUCAACAGGACCGUCGACGAAUUCUUCUCGUCCAUUGAGGGCCAGAAGCUAGAGUCCAGACUGACUGAGCGCGAACAGCUGGCGAAGAAGAAGCUGGAGCAAGCGCGGAAAGAUCACGAAAAUCGGAUUGGUGGCCUUCAACAAGUGCAAGAAAUGAACGUGCGCAAGGCGGAGGCUAUUCUCGCCAAUGUUCAUCGUGUUACAGAAGCAAUCGAAGCUGUCAACGGCCUCAUUGGGCAAGGCAUGGACUGGGGGGAAAUUGCUCGCUUGAUUGAGCGGGAGCAGAAGCAGGGAAAUCCAGUUGCACAACUCAUACAACUGCCGCUCAAGCUGUACGAGAAUACAAUAACGCUUCUCUUGGAUGAGUCAAAGGACGAACCUGAAGAGAAUGAUGAGGGAUACGAAACCAGCUCUGUCAGCGAGGAGUCUGACGACGAAGACGCGAUCAAUCAGAAUAACAAGAGAAGGGAAAAGGCUGCGCAAGCGAAGACAGACAAGAAAUUGGCGAUAGAUAUCGAUCUCGGUCUGUCAGCCUGGGCCAACUCAAGCGAAUAUUUCGACCAGAAAAAGUCAGCGAAGAGCAAGGAGGAGCGCACACUGCAGGCUUCCGAGAAGGCUCUGAAGGGCCAGGAGCGAAAGGUCGCCGAAGAUCUGAAGAAGGGGUUGAAGCAAGAAAAAGAAGUAUUGAGGCCGGUGAGAAAGCAACAUUGGUUCGAGAAGUUCAUCUACUUCAUCUCGUCAGAUGGUUACUUGGUUCUCGGAGGAAAGGACGCACAGCAGAACGAAAUACUCUAUCGGCGAUGGUUGAAGAAAGGCGACAUUUUUGUUCAUGCUGAUCUGAAGGGUGCGGUUCCGAUGAUUAUCAAAAACAAACCGCACACUCCAGAUGCUCCUAUACCGCCAUCAACACUAUCUCAAGCAGGCAACCUGUCCAUUUCCACUUCAGAAGCUUGGGAUUCGAAGGCUAUCAUGUCUGCAUGGUGGGUUCACAGCGAUCAAGUCAGCAAAACGGGACAUACGGGAGAAUAUCUGGCACCAGGAUCAUUCAACAUCACGGGAAAGAAGGAGUUCCUGCCGCCUGCACAGCUUAUUGUUGGCCUUGCGGUGAUGUUUGAAAUCAGCGAGGAGAGUAAGGCUCGGCAUCAGAAGCAUCGGGUCGUCGAAGCGCCCGCUCAACAACCUUCGACCGCGCAAGAAGAAGACCUAGUCGUUGAGGGAGACGCUAACGAACCUCCGGAGAGUGAGGAUGACUCUCCAUCUGCUCUGCAAGAAGACAAAAAUGGCGGCGGUGCUGACGAGCAGGAGAACCUCAACAGAGGAUCGCAGGAUGUGCCGCCUAAUGCAAAUGCUGACGAGGAGUCAGACGAGAGUGAUAACGAUUAUGAAAAUGCCAAGCACGGCAAUCCUCUGCAAGCUGUGGAUUUUGCAGAUGCACGACAUGAUAUUGAGGAGGCAGAGCAUGAACCAGAGCAGGGAGCCGCUGAUGCUGAUGAUAUACCAUCUGAUGAGGACAGAGGACAAGGCGCUGCAUCAGUCACAACUUCCGACCCGACCAGUGCGAAGCCUGGUGGUCGAUACCUGUCAGCAAAGGAGCGCCGGCUACUGCGAAAAGGAAAGGACCAGAAAUCAAGUUUAACCGGACGAGACCGUGACCCAGAAGCCACUGUUGGAAACAGUGAACCUGUAUCUGAAGAGAACACCGAUGUGCAGCCGCCAAAGAAGGGAUCUGGUUCAGUCUUAACCCAAACAUCAAAAACGGAAACACGAGGGCCACUGCCACGCGGCAAACGUGGCAAAGCAAAGAAACUAGCAGCAAAGUAUGCCAACCAAGACGAAGAGGACCGCGAACUGGCAAUGCGCUUGCUUGGUUCUCAGACUGGCCAGAAGGCCGCCGAAGCGGAGGCUCAAGCCAGACGCGCAAAGGAGGAAGAAGCACAAGCGAACAAGCAACGACGCCGUGAACAGCAUCUCCGCGCUCAAGCUGCAGGCAAGGCCGCUGAGGAAGCAAGACGUGCCGCCCAUGAAGGGAAUGCAGGCCAAGAUGACGGCGAAGACGAUAUGAAAGCUCAGUUACUCGACCUGGAUGCUUUUACCGGUCGACCAUUACCGGGUGAUGAGAUCCAUGCUGCCAUUCCCGUAUGCGCACCAUGGUCCGCUCUCGCGUCGUACAAGUACAAGGUCAAGAUGCAACCAGGCUCGGUGAAGCGAGGCAAAGCCGUCAAGGAAAUCCUAGCACGUUGGGAUGCAGCCGGCAAAGACCCUCGCGCGACCGAUAAGUCCAGCACUGACACUGACCGAAUCUGGCCUAAAGAGAUCGAUCUCAUUCGAGGCUGGAAGGAGGUUGAAGUUGUGGGCGUCCUGCCUGUGGGCAAGGUCCGCAUUAUGAUGGCUGGGGCCAGUGGAGGGGGUGGUGGCGGCGGCGGAGGAGGUGCUGGUGCGAAGGGGAAGACAAAGAGUGCAAGAGGUGCGAGGGGGUCGAAGAAGCAGAGAUGAUGGGUUACAGAGUCCUGUCUGUUACUUCAUAUUCCGUGUAGAUAACGUACGAUUAAGACGCCUCUGUAUAUUAUUUUAUCUGCGAUGCAUCAAAUGCCACAAUACGCUGAG